AGGUUAGUGUAACAGGAUGUGUGCGUGCGUGUGUAUGUGUGUGUGUGUCUCAUGUUUCCUUGUGUUACAGUUAUCUGAUCCACAACUCUUCUCCACAGUGAGCAGCUGAUCCUGUACAGCUCUGCAUCAGGCACAAUAAGAUAUGUGAAUGAAAAUGGGUUCUAUGGCAGGAGAUGUGUCACCUGCUGACGACCCAGGGCCAGAACUGCUACCGAGAGCAGAUCCAGAAGGAGAUGUUGACCCGUUUGGCCUGGAAGAGCCGCUAUGCCGACCUCUACCCGUCCCGCCACAAUCCCCGAAACGACAGCACAGAACCAACACAGCUGCCCCGCCGGACCGCUGACUCCCGGGCUGUCCUUCCUCCUGUCACCAGGACAACGGAGAAGCAGAGCGACCUUCCUCCUCCUCCUCCUCCUCCUGUCCUCUCUUUGGACGGUGAGGAGCGUCUCAGUGUGGCCCCCCUGAUGAGGCCAGUUUCUCCUCAGACCAGACACUCUCUCUAUCAGGACUCCUCACACCACGGGAAAGGGCGGAGUCUGUACCUGCAGAGACGUGGCCACAUUAGACCCGAGGAGAAGUUUGACUUUCCUCUGCUCUCGUCCUGGGAGUACGGCUGGAGGCUGGGUGACUAUACUCUGGAUUACAGAACUCCGUCCCGCGCCAAGUCGUCGGUGGUGAAGAACACUUUCUACGCCAGGAACGGCGUGUUCAGCAACCCGUCAGCCACUGACACGCUGGGCUGAUGUUCAGCCUUCAGACACCAGGGGUCGCUCUUUAGUAGGAGUGUAGAACAGCUAACAGGCUUUUAUGUGAUAAACACCAUUCAUGUUUGUUUUAAAGGAACAGUGUGUAACAAUCAGAAAUGGAAUAUAAUGUUAAUAUCCAGCCCAGUCGCACAGCAGCUCGUAAAAUAGUCACGAAAUUGAAUGUAUUGAUUCGUGUACAU